AUGCAAGGCAGGAGCUGUGUGCUAAGAAUACCGGACAAACGCAGCAAUUCCCCGUCAAUUGGUGCCGCACAUUUCGCAUUCUGUUUCGAGCCACACACGUCAAGAGGCAAAAAAGCGCACGCCCAGACAUCCAUCUGCCGCUCGCAGCAGCUUGCAAGUGCCCAGAGACGCAAAAGGCUGCUGCAGUAUUCGAUCAAAUCAUUUUGGCUCAUUCGGCUGCGGCCUCUUCUGCGACCCUCUGCGGGCACCACAAGGUCCGUCCUGACGGGAUCCAGAAUUAGACGCGAAAAGCACACAGAGGGCGGAUCUUCUUCCAAUCAAGUCAAGCUUCAAAAUUCCCUUGGACGACCACAUUUGGCCAGGCCUGCAAAUAGCUGCAACAAUCCCUACAGCCGCCUGUACAACACACCCUUGUUCGACAUCUGCCAUCAAUUUCACCCAUAUUGGCCUGGUGGGAAAGAACAGCUCAUUGCACUCGAGUCAUCCAUCCCCUCACCUGUCUCCUCACAUAGCUACCACCAUUUGGAGAACCACUACUCCGUUAGCGGUUCCAGGAGGCAUUUUAGUCCAGAAGCCAAGCUCGUCAACGCACGCCCAAGACCCGCCAUCCGAUCAGCUACGGCCACUCUGUCUCUCCCCCUUCCACCAACAUACUACGCCACGGUGGUGCACAAGCGCGAACCUCCAUCUCAUCUACCCACCCCGGAAAACGCUGCUGCUAGUCACAUUGGGCAAUAG